AUGGCCGCCACAUCCUCUUCUGCUUCUUCUGCCACGCCAACUUUUGAAGUCCGAGCACCACAGCCAGGAACCGCACUCGGCAUGUUCCACAACCACAUCAAGCGCGUGGCUUCGCGCCCGCUGGAGGCCCUCCUUGCCUUCGCCAUCAUCAUUGCCAUUGGCGCCGCGCCAUUUUUCAACCAAAAGCUGCUCAGCAAGGGUGCGCGCCAUGCCCCGUGGAGCUCGUUCAGCUCUUCGACGGGCGUUGUCAACAUGACCUACUGGGAAGAGGGUGUCAAAUCCUCGGAGGUCCUGCUCCUCAUCACCUGCAAUUGCAUCACCAUUCUGUACGUCUACUUUAUGUACUCCAAGAUGCGCAAGCUCGGCUCCAAGUACUGGAUUGGCUGCUUUGCCGUCAUCACCGUCUUUAGCAGCUUCCUCGUGGCUGCUGGCCUCCUCCACUAUGCUGGCAUCCGCGCGUCGAUUGUUCUCAGCGAGGCCAUCCCGUUCCUCUUCUUUGUGAUUGGUCUCGAAAGCGCUUACACGCUGGCGCGCCGCGUCUACCGCCUCGACAUGCAAACCCCAGUGGAUACUGCUUCGUCGAGCACGUCGAGCGCGGCUGCUUCGCCUGUGGCCAGCGUCGUCGCCAAGGCCGUUUCAUCCCUGGCAUACUCUUCCACUCUUGAAUGUGCCGGAAUGAGCGGCGUUCUGCUUGCCGGUACUCUGUCCGGUGUGCCACAAGCGCGCGACAUUUGCCUGUACGGUGCCCUGGCAGUUGUGGUCAACUACAUCUUGAUGCACUCGUUCUACCCUGCCGCCCUUGCUGUGCAUCUCAAGCGCCGUCACAUCAAGCGCACCGCAUCGACCACCAAGCCGACUGACGCUCUGGCCCAGCAGCCGCAAGCCACUGCCUCCCGCUCAGUCACCGCCUCCGUCACCCAAGCAGUCGAGCUCGAGCAGUGGAUGGCUGCUGUUGACACGGAUGCCGACCAAGCCACUGGCUCCAACGACCGCAUGAAGCUGAUUGUUGUUGUCGGCGUUAUUCUCAUGAAUCUGCUCAACCCGGUCAGCCUGACUUCGACUCCCACUCAAGAAACUGCUCUCCCGACCAACCUGCAAGCAAGCGCCGUUCAGGCUGCUGCUGCUGCUGCUGCUACGACCGUUGCCGCUGCCCCUGCUUCGGCCGUUCCGUUGGAUCCGUACACCGAUGCCGUCACGUUUGUUCACGACAUGUGCAAUGAGCUGGCCUUCUUUGGCCCCAUGCAACGUUCGUGCCUCACGGUCGGAGACGCCGUGCUCGAUACCCUCUCGUACGGCGAGCCCGCGGCUCUGGCCAUGGUCGUCACCCUCGUUCUGAUUUGCAUGAUCAAGUACAUUUUUGUGGACAAGGCUUAUGAGAUUCGCGCCAGCGCCGCAGCUCCAGUUCGUGCCGCGCCGCGCAUCACGACCUCUGCGGUUGAUGCCGUGCCGCUGUCCGCCUCCGACUCUGAGCCGACUCGCCCUGGGCGCUCGCUGUCCAUGCUGAGCCUCGUCGGCGAAGACCUCAGUGAGGGCGCUCUGUCCGUCUCCCAUUCGUCUCGCGCCUCGGCGCCGGACUCUCCCACCCUGGCGCCCGUCACGCUUGCUGCUCCCAAGCCCAUCAAGCUCGAGCGUCACGUUGCAACGUUCUCGCUGGCCGGCGACGACACUGAGACUCCCGCCGCGUCUGCCUGCGUCUCGCCCGCUCCUGUCGAACGGAUCUUCCCCACGCUCAAGUCGUCGAAUGCCGUCACUGGUGUUGCCGUUGCUACCCAGACUCUUUCUGAGGCUGCGGUCGUGGCCGACCUCGUCCAAGGCAGCGUCCCUCGUGUACAGACUGAAGCAUCGUCCUCGGCCGCCGCCACUCGCCCCGUCGACGAGUGCGCCAAGAUUCUCGAAAACCCUGCUCUCGGCGCCGCUGCUCUGACCAAUGCCGAAAUCAUCGCCUUGGUGGACGCCAAGAAGAUUCAGCCCUACAACCUCGAGAAGGCCCUCGAUACGUACGAACAUGGCGUUGAGAUUCGUCGCCUCCUCACCGCUCGCGAGUUGACCAAACAGUCGGCCCACGGCCUCGGCACCAACGGCAACACGGGCGUCACCCCCGCCGCCGCUGUUGCUGACAUCCCGUUCACCAACUACGACUACACCAAGGUCCUCGGCCAGUGCUGCGAGAACGUUAUCGGGUACAUUCCCAUCCCUGUCGGCACUGUCGGACCCCUCCUGCUGGACGGCGUCGAGUACACUGUUCCCAUGGCCACCACAGAAGGCUGCCUCUUGGCCAGCACCCAUCGCGGCUGCAAGGCCCUGCAUAUGGCAGGUGGUGUGAGCAGCGCACUGCUGAACGACGGCAUGACUCGCGGCCCUGUGGUUCGCGCCACCUCCGUCCACGAAGCCGCCGACCUCAAGCAGUGGCUCGACUCGCCCGAAGGCUUUGCUGAUUUCAAGUCCGCCUUUGACAGCACCAGUCGCUUUGCUCGCCUCCAGAAUGUCCACAUUGCCAUCGCAGGCCGCCUUGUAUACAUUCGUGUGCGGACAACGACUGGCGACGCCAUGGGCAUGAACAUGAUUUCCAAGGGCACCGAAAAGGCGCUGGCUCGUCUCCAAGAGCACUACCCCACCAUUGAGGUCGUCAGCUUGAGUGGCAACUACUGCACCGACAAAAAGCCCGCUGCCAUCAACUGGAUUCAGGGUCGCGGCAAGUCGGUCGUCUGCGAAGCCGUCAUCUCUGGCGACAUUGUCACCAAGAUUCUCAAGACCAGCAUCCCUGCUCUCGUGGACUUGAACAUGUCCAAGAAUUUGAUUGGAUCUGCCAUGGCUGGCUCUAUCGGUGGAUUCAACGCCCAUGCUGCCAACAUUGUCACUGCCAUUUACAUCGCUACGGGUCAAGACCCCGCCCAGAAUGUUGAGAGCUCGAACUGCAUGACAUUGAUGGAGAGGUGCAAACACUUGCCUUUGCGCAUCAACGGCGGCAAAGACCUGCUCAUGACCUGCUCUAUGCCCUCCAUCGAAGUCGGAACCAUUGGUGGCGGCACGCAACUGCCCGCACAGAGCGCGUGCUUGUCCAUGUUGGGCGUGAAGGGUGCGCAUCAGACCAAUCCCGGCCAAAACGCACAGCAACUCGCAAGGGUCAUUUGCGCGUCCGUUAUGGCUGGCGAGCUGUCGCUCAUGUCUGCUUUGGCUGCGGGUCACUUGGUCAAGAGCCACAUGACGCACAACCGCUCCAGCCAGAACCUGCUGGACUCGUCCAGCCGAUCAGGCAGUCUGGCCAAUCUGACGCGCUCCGCUCCCGCCACCCCCGGAUCGCUCGAAGGUGUCAUGAUUCUGCCUCGCGUCCAAGCGCCAGCUUCCGCGCCAAUUGUUGGCAGCUGCAUCAAGUCUUAG